AUGGAGCAACACGUGUGCGAGAGCAUGGAACAGGACAAUAAAAUCUGGGAUCUGAUUGAGAGAAAUGCUUCUCCUGAUCCAAAAGAUGUUCCUGCAGAGGGCAUGCUGAGUCACAGAAAUGCAUGUCCUCCGAAGUGUGCUCAAUCAUCAAGAAGAAAGAAUGUGACAGAUCCUCUUGAGCAAAAGAUAAUGUGCUUAGAGAAACAGAGAAAAGAGCUCCUGGAAGUUAAUCAGCAGUGGGAGCAGCAAAUUAGAAGCAUGAAAGAACUUUAUGAAAGAAAGGUGGCAGAGCUGAGGACCAAGCUGAGCACAGUGGAGGAUGCCCUGGGCUCUUUGAAGUGUGAGAGGCUGCGGAGCCAGAGUGCAGGUGGCGCUGCCCAGGACCUCCGGCAGGAAGAGAAUGAAGAAUUACAAGAAUUGAAGAAAGAGAAUAAGUUUUUAAAGGAAACAAAUGCUCUCACACUGAAGAAGGAGCAUUAUGAAUGUGAAACUCAGCAUCCUAAUAAGAGUGGUCCAUCUUGGGAGGGCUAUUGGGGGAAGUGCAUGGAGCACAGCCACGUGGCCAUGAGAACUGAAGUGGAAGUCUUCAGGCAGCAGGUACAAAUAUGUGAAGAAGACUUUAGAAAGGAGCAGUCGGAUUGGGAAAGACUCAACCAAGAGAAAGAAGAGCUGUGCGGGGGGUUCAUCAAGCUUGGCCCAGUUGACCAGGCUGAGUUCCCAGCUUGCAUCUGUGGUUCAACUUUCCACCUGUGGGAUCCAUGGGUGCCAGCAGGCCGGGGCGCUGUGCAGGACCAGCAGGAGUGCCCAGGAAGUAAGAGCUCCCAUUUCAACAAAUAG